CAACCCUCCUCCUACCCACCGAAAAGGAGGUCAUGCUCUGCCUUUUCGCCCUCUCCCUCUCCCUCUCGAGCCGCGAGGUCGAGACCGCCCACACUGAGAGCGGCGCACGGCUAGCCGCCGCCGCAAAGGCUGUCUACGAGACGCACAAGACGGCAACCGCAAAGUGCGGAGAGGCGGCGGUACCGGUUCUGAAGCAGACGAUCCAGGACCUCUUCCCGUCUCCCUCUCCGCCGCCGCCGCCCUUCACCGCGGGCGGGUUCGGGCUCGACAUGCUCAACGCGGCGCUGAUGGGCGACGCCUCCAAGGGUAGCAAGACGCUGGACGGCGCCGCCAAGGUGGGGAUGGGCUACGGCAUGGGCAAGGCCGAGUCGGGCAACAGCGCCGCCCGCAAUGCCGAGCGGAGCAGCAUACCAGGCUCUUUGCGACGCGGCACUGGCCGAAUCAAAGACGGCACGGGAGGAGUACGAGGCCGCGGCGAAGGACCACGCCGGCGACACGGCCGCGCUCGUGCAGGCGAAGCUCGGCCUGAGCUUGGCGGCCGAGCCGGCGGCGAGGGCGCGGGCGCCGCCCGAAAAGGGGGCGGUCGAGGACGCCGAGGCGGCGCACGAGGAGAGCGGCGCGCGCCUCGCCGCGGCCGCCGUCAAGCUCUACGAGACGCACAAGAAGGCCACCGAGGCUGCCGCAGACGCUGCCGUCCCCGUCGUCAAGGACGCGUUCCAGGACCUCUUCCCGUCUCCCUCUCCGCCGCCGCCGCCCUUCACCGCGGGCGGGUUCGGGCUCGACAUGCUCAACGCGGCGCUGAUGGGCGACGCCUCCAAGGGUAGCAAGACGCUGGGCGGCGCCGCCAAGGUGGGGAUGGGCUACGGCAUGGGCAAGGCCGAGUCGGGCAACAGCGUCUACCAUCAGGCGGCGGCGGCGGCGGGCCACAAGAUCAUGGGACCGUCGCCGCCGCCCGCAAUGCCGAGCGGAGCAGCGAUGAAGGCGAGGUUCGAGGCUGCAGCAGCGGAGGCGAAGGCGGCGCGGGAGGAGUACGAGGCCGCGGCGAAAGAGCACGCCGCCACGACGGCUGCCCUCGUCCAGGCGAAGGCGGGCCUGGCGCUUGCCGCAGAGCCCGCCGCCGCGUCUCGGCGCUCCCUCCGGCCGGCUGGCUUGGCUGCGCUGGCCGCCGCCGCGCUCGCCGUCGCCCUGUCGCGCCGCCGGCGUCCGAACAAGGGUCGCGCCGCGGAGGAGGAGGUCUCCAAGGUUGCGCUGGUGUGACCCUGCGUCGCAUGGCGGGGGCUUGCUCAGAUGGUGUGAGAGUGGACAGGCGGCUCGAGCCGCGGGGGCAACUACUCGCCUCCCAGGAAGCAAAUGGCGUCCGACCGAGCCGGGUGUGAGAGGGUGAGAGGUGGGUGGCCUUGCCACAGGGCCUUCCUUGCACGCUCGGGUGUGGAGUUCGAGAGAUGCCUUCACAGCCCUCCGGGGGCAGGGAGCCACGGCACACAGUUUUGGUCUUCUCGGCGCAAACGUGGGGCUAGAGGGGCGGAGGAGGUAGGUGCAAUAGUGAUUUGGGGGAUUCGUUGGGGAGUUUCGCCUUUCGGCGUGAGUUGGUGAGUAGUUGAGAGGGGGGGGGGGGGCGCGGGGGGGUCGAGAGUGCGGUGGAUCUGGAUGUCUUGUGACUGGCAGGGAGGUGGGAGAAAGCAAAAACAGAGCAAU